UGGGGUAGUAAAGAUGUCGGGCUUUGGUUGAAUUUAAUGCUCCCUAACAAAAACAAUCUUUUUCGUCAACCCAAUUUCAUUAACGUCAAAAAAGGUAUCUGUUUCGCAUUUAACGAGUCGCAUUGCAGAUGGCAACAUAAUUGCAAAUACCGACACGAGUGUUCUUUCUGUGCCGGUUCUCAUUCAGCCUCAAAAUGUUUUAAAAAACAAGGUAUUCACUUCCCAAUUUCUAACAAGGAAAUUCAAUCGUUUAAACAAGGUGACUCCGCUGAAUUUGCCAAGAAUAAUUCAGUGGCUAGGUCAUUACCCAAACAUUCAGAUGGCUAAUUUAUUAAUUGACAGUUUUACCAAUGGGUUUUUCAUACCUGAAUUUGUGGGUCCAGGUUGCAUUCUAGUUGAAAAUGCGUUAUCUGUAAAACAAAAUAUUGACAUUGUUAAAGAAAAAAUUGAAUCUGAAAUUUUGGCAGGUAGGAUUGCUGGUCCCUUUGAUUCUCCCCCCUUCUUGAAUUUUCGUAUAUCUCCUUUAGCUUUAGUUCCUAAAAAAGAACCAAAUUCUUUUCGUCUUAUUCACAAUUUAUCUUAUCCUAAAUUCAGUUCCUUAAACGAUGAGAUGGAAAAAAAUAAAGCCAGUGUGAAAUACUCCUCAUUUGAUCAAGCUUUGUCUUUUUUACAAAAAGCAGGCCGCAAUUCUCUUCUUGCCAAAGCUGACAUUAAAUCUGCUUUCAGACUACUACCUAUAAACCCCAUCGGUUAUAAUUCUUUGGGUUUUUAUUUUCUCGAUAAAUUCUUUUAUGAUAUGGCCCUUCCCAUGGGAUUCACCCUAUCUUGCUUUUAUUUUGAGGCGUUUUCAACUUUUCUACACUGGGUUAUGGAUAUUCACUCAGGUAGUGGAUUUUUACUACAUUAUCUCGAUGACUUUUUAUUUAUAGGUCGUGAAGAUUCGGAUGAUUGUAUGAAUCUUCUGAAUAGAUUCAUUGGUAUAGCUAAAUAUUUCUGCAUUCCAUUAGCUGUAGAUAAAACUGUCUAUCCUACUACGAAUCUCAAGUUUUUGGGCAUAGAUAUAAAUACAGUAACAAUGGAAUUUAGCAUACCAAUGGAAAAAAUCCAGAAUACUGUUCAACAAUUAACUCGCAUAUCCGGAAAAGAAAAAAUUACGCUUAAACAACUUCAGUCUCUUUUAGGUUCUCUUAAUUUUAUUUCUCGUGUGAUUCCCAUGGGAAGGGUCUUUUCUAAAAGAUUGUAUGCUGCCACAUCAGGACCUUCAAAAGUUGUAUGGAUUUUUGGGGAUGAACUGAUUCAAUUGGCUGAGAGAAGAUCUGCUUUUAGACAUUCUACUGUUAAUUUAGGUUAUUCAGCAGAAUUUUCCAUAAACUGGUUUUCCUUUGCUGACCUUAAAAUUUCUGAUAUCUUCAAGAAUGUCAGCCUUAUAUAUUCAAAAAUGUCGAAACCUGACCUGUUUAUUUUACAUAUUGGCUCGUUUGAUUUGGGAAAAAUCAAAACGCAUUUGUUAAUUUAUGAAUUAAAAGAAUUGUUAUGUAAAAUAUGCUACUUACUUGAUGGUGUUGUACUCGUAUUUUCUGACAUCAUCCCAAAAUUUUCUUGGUUCAAUUCUGAGUUAUCCUUUCUGGAAACAAUUAGGAAAAGAAUUAAUAAAAAAAUGGAGAUUUAUUUGAAGGAAAUUGGUCAUGGCAAUUACAGACAUGUUGAAUUAGAAGGAUUCGUUAGAGGACUUUACCAAGAAAAGGAUGAUCAGCUUUCUGAUAUUGGAUGUGAUAUAUUCAUUUCAGAUUUGCAGAACAUAAUUGAUAAUGGUUUUUAUUAAAGGCUUGCAAUGUUUAUUGGGCCACUUGUUUUUAUGUGGCGUUGUGGGGUUAAGUCACUCUCUGAGUGGACUGAGUGUUAUAUGGUUUAUUGGUUUAAAUAUUUACUUAUUUAUAUUUGAGAAUAAAUUGGAUUAACCAGAUUAUAAUUAAUUGGUUAAGUAAUAAGCA